AUGGUUUUCUCCUCCUUCCCGAUCUUCCUCGACCCUCCAAGUUGGGCCCAGAUGCAGCAGCAGCCUCUUCAGUGUUUCAUGGGAGGAGGUGGCGGCAGCGAGCACCAGCACCACCAGCUGAUCCCUGCGUCGUCCGGCCAGCUGGCGCCGCUGCCGGACGUGCCCGGCAACACUGCGGCAAGCGCGCCGCCGGUGGCCGGAUCGUCCUCGGCCUCGCUGCAGCUGGUUGUGUCGGGACAGCAGGGUAACCCGGGUGAGCAGCCGCCGCGGCCGUCAGUGUCGAUGACCGAGCGCGCCCGGAUGGCCCGCGUGCCGCUGCCGGAGCCCGGCACGCUCCGGUGCCCGCGCUGCGACUCGGCCAACACCAAGUUCUGCUACUUCAACAACUACUCGCUCUCGCAGCCGCGCCACUUCUGCAAGGCCUGCCGCCGCUACUGGACGCGGGGCGGCGCCCUCCGCAACGUCCCCGUCGGCGGCGGCUGCCGCCGCAACACCAAGCGCUCCAGCAAGAAGUCGUCGCGCCAGGGCCAGGGCCAGGGCGGCGGCGGUGCCGUCGCGGCCGCCACGUCGUCCUCCUCCACCACCUCCACCUCGACCACCACAAGCGCCGCCGCGGCGACCGCGGCCGACGUCAUCGCCAGCAUGCAGGCGCUGCCGCACCACCUAGGCGGCCUCCCCGCGGCAGCCGCACUGGAGGCGUCGCUCGAGGGGUACCACAGCCACAGCCACCACCAACACCAUAACCUGCCGUUCCUGCCGCCGCAGUUCCUGCAGCAAGGGCUGCACGGGUACCACAUCGCCGACGGCGACAUCGGCUCACAGCUGGCCGACGGGUUUCCGAGAGGCGUGGCGUCGGGGCUGCUCGCGCAGCUGGCGUCGAUCAAGAUGGAGGAGCACGGCGCGGGCGCUGGCGGCGCUGGAGGCGGCUUUGUCGGAGCGCACGAGCAGUACUGGCCCGGGAGCGGUGGCGGGGGCGGGUGGCCGACGGAGUUCUUGUCCGGGUUCAGCUCCUCCUCGUCGGGGAAUGUGAUGUGA